AUGGCGACCUGCAGUAACACACACACAUGGCGCAGCAGCGGCCGCUCGGUCAAGACCGCGUCCUCUGCGAGCGCUGUGAGGCCAGGCUCUCCAGCUGCGUGCACGUGCCGGGCGCUUGACCUUUCGAAACUCCACUGCGGCCCCGAACGCGACCCUUUUGUAUCUCGGUGUUGUUGUCCUCGUCGCGCGAUGCCCAGACCAGGUCAGUGGCGACACGAACGGUCUACGAUCGACAACGGUCGCCCCCUGCCCGACAUGCUGCGCGCCGCUGGCGCGAUGCAGCCCCGUCGGACCACCAAGCAAUACCCCUCCCCCUAUACCACCUCGCUUUGCCGCGCACCGUCGCGGGACGGCGCCACUCGCGGCUCCCGCAUGUUUCUGAUCCGCCCCUGCGCGAUGAGCAAAUCCGUCGCGCUCAAGCCCACGGCGGCGAGCGAGUGCGGCACCGCGCCCGCUACGAGCCGCCUGCAUGGUCCGUUGGUCGCAGAGGAGCCUUCGUCAGGGCUGGUGGCGUACUCCACGGGCCGCGAGCUCUUCGUCUGCGACCACCACAUCCGCCACGCGCGCCAGGUCCUCAUUUCCGGCCCGCUCGCGCCCUCCCCGAUGAGCAGUCCCCCGGCCAAACACCAGCACCGCGCCGCGCGCCCCGCUGCCCCGCGCGGCGGCAACGACGCCGCAACGGCGGCCCCGAGCAAGUCCGACAACGCGAAGGACUCCAACGUCUACGAUGCGCUCAUGGCGCAGCUGUCGAAGCUCACGACCAGCGUAGCGCAGCCGCGCACCCCGCGAGCGGCGCCCGAGGAGGCCGCUCCGGCCGCGGACGACGACCGCGUGCAGAUCUCUUCGAUCUCGUGGGGCAAGGGCCACGGAGGCGCCGCCCUGCUCGCCGCAGCCACCUCGCUCGGGGUCGCCGUGUGGUCGCACGCGGCGGGGACUGGCACCAAGGCCGCCCUGGUGCCGUGCGCCAGCAUGCCGGUGCUGGCGGCCGAGGGCGAGGAGCCCUGGUCCUGCACGGAGUUCCACCCCACGGCGCCCGGGGUCCUCUGCGUCGCGUCCCGCAGAGCGCUGCUGCUCGUCCGCGUCCUCCCGAACAGCGAACGCAGCGCCGCGCCCGAGCACCGCCGCGGAGUGCAGCACCUCGUGCACGUCACGCCCCCGGACGCCGGUCCGGGCACCUCCCGCGCGUUCCGGUGCUGCUGGGACCCCUCCGGCGAGACGCUGCUGGCCUCCUGGGGCGGAGAGCUCGAGGUCCUGCGCUGGGGGGGAGUUCCGGCCAGUAGAAGUGGUCCUGACAGCGGGGGGCACAACUGGGAGCUGAAGAGUCGCAGGUCGCUGCUGCUGGGCAUGGGCACGUCCUCGGCCGUGCGCGCGAUCGCGAGCGCGUCGGGGCCCGCGGGGGAGCCGGAUCGCUUCGUGAUCACGUACGACGCCCCCAUGACGCUGCGCGCGGGCGACGCGGGAGCGAGCGAGGCGGCGGCGGCGGGCGUGGCGGCGGGCGGCGGGGACGCCGACGGGGUGAUCGAUCUGCGCGGGCAGACGGCGCCGGGCGCGCCGCAGCAGGGGCACGUGAUCGUCGAGUCGGGCGCGGCGGUGCCGUCGAUGUUCUUGCUGAGUCAGGGGGGGGGUGCUGGGUCCGCAGCGGCCGUGGCGGCGGGCGGGGCGCCACCGGCGGGGCUGCAGGCUACGGGGCACGUCUGCCUCGUGGACAUCAGCGGCGGGGCGUCCGGGAACGCGGCGGGCGGGGGGCGUGGGAGGCCGCAGCGGCAGCCGUCAGGAUCGGUCGUGUCGGUCGGCGUGGCGACGCCGGACGUGGUUGCGUGCGGCGGGGGGCUGCUGCUGGUCGGCAGCAGCCUGGCGCCGGCGAAGCUGGAGGUGUUUUUGGUCGGGGACGCCGCCGAGGGCUUGAUGAAGGGGGGGAGUGUUUGGCUGUCGCUCGACGCGGGCGAGACGGACCCGCGCAUGCGCCUGCGGUGUCUGUCUGCGUCGCAGUUCGUGUACAGCGGCGCCGGGGACGCGGGGACAGUCGAGGUUCUUUCGAUGAGCGUGAAGAAGAGAUCCGGAGACUCCCCGUUCUUUUCCAGCGCCCUUUCCAAGACGGACGACGGCACGCUGUGCGUCGCGAGGCACGCCGUGCCGCGCGGGGACUUCCUGCCCGCCCGCGACGACCGCCUCGACGUCAGCCUCGACGCAGAACGCGUUGCGAACCCCCCCCCCGCCCGUCAGCCCGCGGCACCCGACGCGCACUCCCCCGCAUCGCCCGCCGCGGUGGGCCCGUCGCCGUCGUCAGCGCGGCCGCGUGAGGACGCGAGCGCGAGGUUCGCGCUCGACGUUGACGCGCAGGCCGUGCGAUCGCGCGCAGCGGACGCUGGGCUUGCAGCGGACCUGCUGCGGCAGUCGGCGGCGUCGCAGCUGCUAGUGGCAGACGCGCUGCGGGGGCUGUCGAGGGACGUCGAGGCGCGCAUGGGCAGGGUCGAGGCCGCGAUGGCGGGCCUCGUGGAGCGCGUAGCCAACAUGGAGGCGAAGCUGGCGCGCGCAGGGCUGUGA